AUGAGAAGGAUUAUGAACAGCCAAGAAGUGUUAGAAAUUUACAAAAAUAUCAUCGAAAAUAGCAACUUACUAGCAAAUGGAUAGGAAUAUUUAGAAAAGAUAAUUGGGCAAGUGUCUAAUUUUUGUACAUAGUCAAUCUUUCUGAUUUCUGAUUUAAGCAUAGACAUUAAAACAAGAAACUAUAUCUCAUCGAUAAUCAAAAAUAUUCUUUAUCAUAAUUGGGAUAGCAAUAAUUUAAUCGCUUAGGAAAAAAAUGCCAUCAGACAAGAAUGCUUAGCAGGAGUUUAAAAAUCAAUAGAUGAUGCCACAAUUUAACAAAACUUAGGAGAUUUGAUUUGCUCUUUCAUUAUCAAAGAUGGAAUAUAAGACUGGAAAGAGCCUUUAAAGCUGCUAAUUCAAUUAACUUUAAGCGAAAAAACUCUUGACUUCUACUGUUUAAUAUUUUCAAAAGUUGAUAACAGAAUCAAUUAGAUUGUUCCCAUCCUCUUUGAGCAUUUGCUUGCUAUUCUUCUUCGAUCAGAAUGUAUAAUCACUCGCCAAAAAUGCCUUAUUUUAUAUUAUCUAGCGAUAUAAACUUUUUCAUUUGCUGAAGAUGUCGAUGAUGAUUUGAUGAGAGAAUGCCUUGAUAAAACAUAUUGCGAGUAUAUCAACUUCUUCAUUCAAAUACUUCACGCAGACGAAAGAAAAUUUUAUCCUAAUUAACUAAUGGUCUUAAAGAUAUUCAAUUCUCUUUUUAAGGAAUUCCCUAACUACACAGAAAAUACCUUUUAAUAGAAAAUUAUUUACUUGCUGAAAUACUUAAAAAAGAUUAUCGAAAUUAACUAUGAAUUUAAUUUACGUCAAACUCCCUCAGUUAGUUUUUUCGUUACAGAUUAAGAAAAAAAUUAAAUUGAAGAACUUUUUGAAAAAUAUCUUUCUCAUGAAAUUGACAUAGAAUACGACAAUGAUAUUUAAUUGUUUGUUAAUGAGUGCAUUAACUUUGUCGAUGUUAUCAUGAAUUAUACAUAUGCUGAAAACAUCUAUACAAUAUUAGCUUUUCCAUUUAUAAACAUAAUCUCUAAUUUAAUAUUUGUGGGAAAGCAAUAGGAAAAUUUAAUUGCUGAUGAUCCAAAUUUAUUUGCUGCAUCAGAACGUGAUAAUGAAGAUGAAGUUAAUAAUAUUAGAAUCAAAACAAUAAAAUGCAUAGAAAAAUUAUUAGAUAAUGAUGCAUUAAAAUAAAUAGUAAUAACUUCCAUCAUCUAAAUAUCUGAGUCUAUGUUUUGUAAUAGAUCUGAAUAACCUCUAUAAAUUAUUUAUCAAGAAUUGUAAACCUAAAAUAACUUAAUUCAAUUAUAGUAACUGGUAGAUAACUGUGAUGCUAACUUGUACAAUGAAUUCAUUAUUUUCAGCAGCUUACAUAAACAAAAGGAAUUACCUGAGUGGAAAGGAAAAGAAAUUUCCCUUUUCUUACUGGGAAGCUUUUAAAAGUAAAUAACUAGCUUUUAUCACUAGAAUACUGGAUACACAUUCUAAUUUAUUAAAAACUUAAUAUAAGAAUUUUCUACCAAAUACUUAGAAAAUGUCUAAAACUAAUUUUUGAUGUGCCGCUAUUAUUAAUGCUUCAGCUAAUUUGCAAAUAUAAUUUGUUAGUGCACUGAAUAUGUUGAUAUUGUAAUGAAAUCUUUGAUAUACACCUUUUCUAAUGAAAGUAGCCAAGCAUUAAAAAUCAUAGCAUUAGCUUGCUUAGCUUCGUCUUGCUAACAUCUUAAAUAGGAAAUAAAUAAUUUUUAAAUUUUCGAUAGCAAUAACUGCAUGUAGAUAGUAAAAAGUAUUUUAUAAGUUAUUUAAGAAUCAUCUGAAGAUAUUUUGCCUCAUAUAUUGAACAGCUUAGUUCCUAUUUUUUCAAACCUAUCAUAAGUAUCAAAUAUGUUCACUGAGAAUGGAAUGUAAAUAAUUAUGAAACUAAUUAAUCACUUUGAAGGAAAAGCAGAUAUAUAAAAAAAAGUUAUAGAUUUUAUUCAUGUUUUAGCUAAAUAUCCUGUUAGCUACUCCAUUUUAUUCCGUGAAUUUGAGUAACAAAUUUUGAACUGCUUUUAAACACUAGAUAACUUCAUUAAAUCUCAUAAUGACAUGACAAAAAUAAAAUAAUAAGAUAUCAAUGUGAUCUAAAAUAGAAUUUAGAUUCUUAAAGUUCUCAUUUAGUUUAAAACUACAAACGAAAUUAUAUUUAAAGACUGUUAAAAUGUUUUACUUAAGUUAUUAUAUAUAAACGAUGAUUUUACUUUGCAAUAAGAAGCUACUUUAUGUCUAAAGCAAAUUAUAAUAUCUUAACCACAAAGUUUAAUUGAAAAUAAAUAAGAUUUGCAAAUGCUUCUUUUAAAGUUGGUUUAGAAUCUUACUAUUUACUAAGAAGCCUUUUCCUAGUUUUUACCUAAUCUUAUAAUUGUUUCAUAUGAUAAAUUAUUAGAAAUAAAUAGAGAAAUUACUGAAAGUAUUUUAGUUCAACUGUCACAAUGCAAGUCUUACUUUAUAAUUAUUACUUUUCUAGUCUUUUUUACUCGUCUGAUAGAAAAAAAUCCUAAAGAAACUCUUCAAUUUUUAAUAAACUUUAGGACUGCAGAUAAUCAAUCUGGUUUAGAAAUCUUUUUUUGUAAAUUGAAUGAAAAUUAUUGGUACAUCAAUAAAGAUUUAAUAAAAAAUUCUAUAUAUUUACCUCUUGCAAAAUUGCUUAUUAUCGAAGAAAAUUUACUUCAAUAAUUUAAAUUUGGAAAUUAAGAAUUAGAGUCUGGAUUCUAGUUUUUCUGUUUCCUCUCCAGAGCUUUGGAAAUUGAAAUGUCUCCUGAUCAGUAUGAAAAUCAUUAAGAAUCUGAAAACUUAUAAUCUCAUUAAGAACUUUAGUAAUGUCUAAUAGAUGAUAUAUGCUAAAUCGGAGAAAAUAAAUUGUUAACUACUACAAAAGAUUUAUUAAUUGAAUUUUUCUAAACAAUGUAUACAAAUGAGAACACAAAAGGAGCAUUUUAAAAAUUUGUUAGCUAGAUGGAUUUUGACGAGAAGAUAGCAAUAGAAAAUGUUAUUAACCAAGUAUAAAACAAGAUCAAUCCUAUUUGA